AACUGGCGGGUGCCACAGAAGCAAGCUGCUUCUGAAGCCAGCCAGAGCCAACUGCGCCACCAGGCUGGCUCCGGGCUGCUGACUGCCGCUGCUGCUGCCACUUCUGAAGGGGAACCGAGGACGUCUGGUGGUACAGAUCUCCUGCCCCCUGCCCCCUUUGGGGAUGGCUUGGGAGUUGUGGGCGGGUGGCCAUUGCCCAGUUUUUUAAAAACUCUGUGCAUUUAUGUUUCACAGGGUGCAAAAGAAGAACUUUGCACCUUUAUACAAUAUGGAUGUGUGCUUGGGCCCAGGAUCUUUUGCUUCACCAUCCCCACUACAGACUCCCUGUUGCCACUCAGCUUCAAAAAAGAAGAAGAAGAAGAAAAGAAGUGUCCCUGGAUUCAUUGAAAAAAAUCUGGUAACCAUAUUCUAAAUUAAUUAAAUAAAACCACUUAACCCACUGAAAGAUAUAUUUGAAAAAUAAUAUUAAGAGGAGUGAUGCCCAUUGUUAGGCGAGGUAGCUAGAGUGAUGAUGUCAUGUCCUCCAUUGUGACAUGUUCCCUGCUGAGUGACUUGGCUGAGAACUUUGAAUUUAAUCAGUGAAUUUGGUGAGAGUGUAUUUCUGGAGAUAAUGAAGGUUCAGUCGUCUCGCUUGUAAGUAGAAUCUCUUAUUCUUCCCCCUAUUUCUUUAGCUAUUCCUUAAGAUUUAGACACAUCGGGUCAUGGUUAGAUUAAUUUUUAAAGAUUGUCCUCAGGGCCCCUUAGCUGCUUUGAGGGAAAUAGCUUGCAGUGCAGGGAUAGAGAGUAGCGAGGAAAUAAUCCAUUUCGUGACCUUCUUCCUUUUCUUCCCUAGAUGUUCCGGUCUGCGAAGGUUGAGAGAGCUGCUGGCCUCCUGUUGCCGCUCCAUAAAAAUCCAUCCCCUGGACGAAGACACCAUGGAGAUUAAUGGAAAGAAGAUAAGAGUUCGUACAAUUUAUGUGAGGCCGAAGGACCAGGGGAUGGAUGCCACCAGUGAUUCCACCAGUGGUGAGUGUUGAUCUUUGUUCACGAAGAACAGGGAGGCCAGAGAGAAUCUGGCUGGCUGGGGGGCGGGGAGGCAGCUCCCUGAUUUAAGAAGAGUUUAGGGAUUGGAUGAGGAAGGGAGAAUAAUGUGGGCCACUUGGAGAUCCUCAAUGGAAAUAUUAAGAAUCUUUUCUGUUCUUUUCUCUUCCAGGCAGCGGCAACAGUGAGGCCAGCAGCUCUCUCAACCAAGGACCAGUUUCCCCCUUCCCCAAUUAAUUUUUUUAUUCUAAUAAAGAUUUGCAUUGCAAAUA